CGGAUGUUGAGUGAGGAGAAAAAAACAAUUGAAUCACGAAUACAAUAAGCUCACAUUUUAAAUAAUGUCACACAACAUUGUAUCUGAACGUUGUCGUAAACAUGAAUGUUAUGUGCAAUGCAUUAUUUAUACAUUUUGAUAUUUGUCGGCUUUGGACUACAACACGGUAUGUUGACAUUAGCUAGCUAGUAGCUUUCAUCAUGUCGACAGGUAUCUAACUGGUGGUUCGAGGACAAGUCUGCACUAACACAUAUUUGGGUGAGUAACCACGAGUCUUACAUUAAACAGAUCUAGCUAUGGCGUGCAUGUUUCUUCUUUAGCUAGCGAGCUAACUGGAUUUAGAGCAUGUUUUCUAACAUGUCGGCCUACCUGCAGAGUUUCGCUAUAGCUAACGUUAGUUGACCCAGUGCCUUCCGAAAGUAUUCACACCCCUAGAGUUUUUCCACUUUUUGUUGUGUUAUAGCCUGAAUUUAAAAUUGCGAAUUUGUCACAGGCCUACACACAAUACCCCAUAAUGUCAAAGUGGAAUUAUGUUUUUAGAAAUUUUUACAAAUGAAAAGCUGAAAUGUCUUGAGUCAAUAAGUGUGCAACCCCUUUGUUAUGGCAAGCCUAAAUAAGUUCAGGAGUAAAAAUGUGCUUAAGUCACCUAAGUUGCAUGGACUCACUCUGUGUGCAAUAGUGUUUAACAUGAUUUUUGAACGACUACCUCAUCUCUGUACAUACAAUUAUCUGUAAGGUCCCUCAGUCGAGUUGUGAAUUUCAGACCGAUUCAACCACAAAGACCAGGGAGGUUUUCCAAUGUUUUGCAAAGAAGGGCACCUAUUGGUAAAAAAUAAAAAUGCAGACAUUGAAUAUCCCUUUGAACUUGAAGUUAUUAAUUACACUGGAUGGUGUAUCAAUACACUCAGUCACUACAAAGAUACAGGCGUCCUUCCUAACUCAGUUGCCAGAGAGGAUGGAUCAACAACAUUGUAGUUACUCCACAAUACUAACAUAAAUGACAGUGAAAAUAAGCCUGUACAGAAUAAACAUUCCAAAACAUGCGUCCUGUUUGCAAUAAGGCACUAAAGUAAAACUGCAAAUGUGGCAAAGAAAUUAACUUUAUGUCCUGAAUACAAAGCGUUAUGUUUGGGGCAAAUCCAACAUUUACAUUUACGUCAUUUAGCAGAAGCUCUUAUCCAGAGCGACUUACAAAUUGGUGCAUUCAAGUUAUGAUAGCCAGUGGGACAACCACUUAUUAUUUAUUUUUUUAUAGGGGGGGUAGAAGUAUUACUUUAAUACUAUUCCAGGUAUUCCUUAAAGAGGUAGGGUUUCAAGUGUCUCCGGAAGGUGGUCAGUGACUCCGCUGUCGUGGUGGAGCUUGUUCCACCAUUGGGGUGCCAGAGAAGUGAAUAGCUUUGACUGGGCUGGGCGGGAACUGUGCUUCCGUAGAGGUAGGGGGGCUAGCAGGCCAGAGGUGGAUGAACAUAGUGCCCUCGUUUGGGUGUAGUGUCUGAUCAGAGCCUGAAGGUAAUGAGGUGCCGUUCCCCUCACAGCUCCGUAGGCAAGCACCAUGGUCUUGUAGUAGAUGCGAGCUUCAACUGGAAGCCAGUGGAGUGUGCGGAGGAGCGGGGUGACAUAAGAGAACUUGGGAAGGUUGAACACCAGACGGGCUGCAGCGUUCUGGAUAAGUUGUAAGGGUUUAAUGGCACAGGCAGGGAGCCCAGCCAACAGCGAGUUGCAGUAAUCCGACGGAGAUGACAAGUGCCUGAUUAGGACCUGUGCCGCUUCCUGUGUAAGGCAGGGUCGUACUCUCUCGAAUGUUGUAGAGCAUGAACCUGCAGGAUCGGUCACCGCUUGAUGUUAGCGGAGAACAACAGGGGUGUUGUCCAGGGUCACGCCAAGGUUCUUUGCACUCUGGGAGGAGGACACAAUGGGAGUUGUCAACCGUGAUGGUGAGAUCAUGGAGCGGGCAGUCCUUCCCCGGGAGGAAGCAGCAGCUCGGUCUUGCCGAGGUUCAGCUUGAGGUGGUGAUCCGACAUCCCCACUGAUAUUCUGCCAGACAUGCAGAGAUGCGAUUCGCCACCUGGUUAUCAGAAGGGGGAAAGGAGAAGUAAUUGUGUGUCGUCUGCGUAGCAAUGAUAGGAGAGACCAUGUGAGGAUAUGACAGAGCCCAGUGACUUGGUUUAUAGAGAGAAUAGGAGAGGGCAUAGAACUGAGCCCUGGGGGACACCAGUGGUGAGAGCAUGUGUGCGGAGACAGAUUCUCGCCACGCCACCUGGUAGGAGCGACGUCAGGUAGGACGCAAUCCACAGAGUGAGCAGCGCCGGAGAUGCCCAACUCGAGAGGGUGGAGAGGAGGAUCUGAUGGUUCACAGUAUCAAAGGCAGCAGAUAGGUCUAGAAGGAUAAGAGCAGAGGAGAGAGAGUUAGCUUUAGCAGUGCGGAGAGCCUCCGUGACACGGAAGAGCAGUCUCAGUUGAAUGACCAGUCUUGAAACCUGACUGGUUUGGAUCAAGAAGGUCAUUCAGAGAGAGAUAGCAGGAGAGUUGGCUAGAGACGGCACGCUCAAGAGUUUUGGAGAGAAAAGACAGAAGGGAUACUGGUCUGUAGUUGUUGACAUCAGAGGGAUCAAGUAUAGGUUUUUUGAGGGAUGCAACUCUCGCUCUCUUGAAGACUGAAGGGACAUGGCCAGCCGUCAAGGAUGAGUUGAUGAGCGAGGUGAGGUAAGGGAGAAGGUCUCCGGAAAUGGUCUGGAGAAGAGAGGAGGGGAUAGGGUCAAGCGGGCAGGUUGUUGGGUGGCCGGCCGUCACAAGUCGCAAGAUUUCAUCUGGAGAGAGAGGGGAGAAAGAAGUCAAAGCAUAGGGUAGGGCAGGGCAGUGUGAGCAGGACCAGCGGUGUCAUUUGACUUAAUAAAUGAGGAUCGGAUGUCGUCAACCUUCUUUUCAAAAUGGUUGACGAAGUCAUCCACAGAGAGGGAGGAGGAGGAUUCAGCAGGGAGGAGAAGGUGGCAAAGAGCUUCCUAUGGUUAGAGGCAGAGGCUUGAAAUUUAGAGUGGUAGAAAGUGGCUUUAGCAGCGGAAACAGAGGAAGAGAAUAUAGAGAGAAGGGAGUGAAAAGAUGACAGGUCCGCAGGGAGUCUAGUUUUCCUCCAUUUCCGCUCGGCUGCCCGAAGCCCUCUUCUGUGAGCUCGCAAUGAGUCGUCAAGUCACGGAGCAGGAGGGGAGGACCGAGCCGGCUGGGAGGAUAGGGGACAUAGAGAGUCAAAAGAUGCAGAAAGGGAGGAGGAGGGUUGAGGAGGCAGAAUCAGGAGAUCGGAGAUAGAAGGAUUUAGCAGAGGGAAGAGAUGAUAGGAUGGAAGAGGAGAGUAGCGGGAGAGAGAGAGUGAAGGUUGCGACGGCACAUUACCAUCUGAGUAGGGGCAGAGUGAGUAGUGUUGGAGGAGAGCGAGAGAGAAAAGGAUACAAAGUAGAGGUCGGAGACUUGGAGGGGAGUUGCAGUGAGAUUAGUAGAAGAACAGCAUCUAGUAAAGAUGAGGUCAAGCGUAUUGCCUGCCUUGUGAGUAGGGGGGGACGGUGAGAGGGUGAGGUCAAAAGAGGAAAGGAGUGGAAAGGAGGCAGAGAGAAAUUAGUCAAAGGCAGACGUAGGGAGGUUAAAGUCACCCAGAACUGUGAGGGGUGAGCCAUCCUCAGGAAAUAAGCUUAUCAAGGCGUCAAGCUCAUUGAUGAACUCUCCAAGGUAACCUGGAGGGCGAUAAAUAAGGAUGUUAAGCUUGAAUGGGCUAGUGACGGUGACAGCAUGGAAUUCAAAUGAGGAGAUAGACAGAUGGGUCAGGGGGAAAAAAGAGAAUGUCCACUUGGGAGAGAUGAGGAUUCCUGUGCCACCGCCGCGCUGACCAGAUGCUCUCGGAGUAUGCGAGAACACAUGAUCAGACGAGGAAAGAGCAGUAGGAGUAGCAGUGUUUUCUGUGGUAAUCCAUGUUUCCGUCAGCGCCAAGAAGUCGAGGAACUGGAGGGUAGCAUAGGCUGUUCGGCAGUUCCAGAGGCUGCCAGAGACCUGGAACUCCACGUGGGUCGUGCGCGCAGGGACCACCAGAUUUGAGUGGCAGCAGCCACGCGGUGUGAAGCGUUUGUAUGGCCUGUGCAGAGAGGAGAGAACAGGGAUAGACAGACACAUAGUUGACAGGCUACAGAAAAGGCUACAAUAAUGCAAAGGAAAUCGGAAUGAAAUUUACCAAACAUCUGGGAAAGCGAGAGAGCGGGGCCUCCCUCACUUACGUUUCACUGAAACACUCAAAUAUAACUCUCCCAACUUCCACUUUAGAAAUUAUAGAGUACCACUCUUCAUAUUUUCAAACAUGGAGGUAGCUGCAUCAUGUUAUGGGAUGCUUGUCAUCGGCAAGGACUAGGGAGUUUUUUAUUUUUAUAAAAAUAAACGGAAUAGAGCUAAGCACAGGCAAAAUCCUAGAGGAAAACCUGGUUCAGUCUGCUUUCCAACAGACACUGGGAGACUAAAUUAAUCUUUCAGCAGGUCAAUAACCUAAAACACAAAGCCAAAUAUACACAGGAGUUGCUUACCAAGAUGACAUUGAAUGUUCCUGAGUGGCCUAGUUACAGUUUUGACAUAAAUCGGCUUCAAAAUCUAUGGCAAGACUUGAAAAUGACUGUCUGACAAUGAUCAACAAUCAACUUGACAGAGCUUGAAGAAUUUUAAAAAGAAUGUGUAAAUAUUGUACAAUCCAGGUAUGCAAAGUUCUUUGAGCAGUGGUGUCAAGCUCAUUCCAGGGAGGGCCUAGUGUCUGCUUGUUUUUGUUUUUUAACUUUCAAUUAAGACCUAGACAACCAGGUGAGGGGAGUUCCUUACUAAUUUGUGACCUUAAUUCAAGUACAAGGAAAGAGCGAAAACCUGCAGAUACUUGGCCCUCCGUGGAAUGAGUUUUUGUCACUUGUGUCUUAGAGACUUACCCAGAAAGACUCACAGCUGUAAUCGCUGCCAAAGGUGAUUCUAACAUGUAUUCACUCGGGUGUGAAUACUUAUGUAAAUGAGAUAUUUCAGUAUUUAAUUUACAAUAAAUGUGAGAAAAAAAAUCUAAAAACAUGUUUUCACUUUGUCAUUAUAGGGUAUUGUGUGUAGAAGGGUGAGAAAAUAUAUUGAAUCAGUUUUGAAUUCAGGCUGUAACACAAUAAAAUGUGAAAUAUGUCAAGGGGUAUGAAUACUUUCUGAAGGCACUGUAGCUAGCUGCCUACAGCGACAAGAGGAAUGGAUUUGAUUUGGGAAUUUCCGUAGUUAGUUAUUUUCACUUCGAUUAGAUCAUCUGGAUGUCAGACAGCCUCUAUGGGUUGUGGUGCCUACAACUUAUCAAUUUGAUUCAAUGCAUGGAAGACAGAAGUUGAAACACUCAAACCCAACAGAACAACAAUGCAUCAGUGUGUGAGUAUGUGAGGUACAUGUGGGCUGUUGUUUGGUGGGACAAUUUGAAUGACAGCAUGGAAAUAAUAUGGGAUAAAAUGUUGCACAGGCUGCUAAAUACUGGUGCAUAAAUACAGAUGCAAAAUGUAGUGGUAUGUUUAUAUAUUUCUUUUUUUCAAGUCAGUAGCAGUAACUGCUAUUCCAGUUUCAACUGUUCUGCCUGCGGUUACGAAACCCCUACCUGUCCCAGACCUGCUGUUUUCAACUCUUAAUGAUCGGCUAUGAAAAGCCAACUGAGAGACCUGAGCCCUAGGACCAUACGUCGGGACUACCGGCCGUGGUGACUCCUUGCUGUCCCCAGUCCGCCUGGCCUUGCUGCUAUUCCAGUUUCAACUGUUCUGCCUGCGGUUAUGGAACCCCUACCUGUCCCAGACCUGCUGUUUUCAACUCUUAAUGAUCGGCUAUGAAAAGCCAACUGAGAUUUAUUCCUGAUUAUUAUUUGACCAUGCUUGUCACUUAUGAACAUUUUUGAACAUCUUGGCAUGGUUCUGUUAUAACCUCCACCCGGCACAGCCAGAAGAGGACUGGCCACCCCUCAUAGCCUGGUUCCUCUCUAGGUUUCUUCCUAGGUUUUGGCCUUUCUAGGGAGUUUUUCCUAGCCACCGUGCUUCUACACCUGCAUUACUAGCUGUUUGGGGUUUUAGGCUGGGUUUCUGUACAGCACUUCGAGAUAUUAGCUGAUGUACGAAGGGCUAUAUAAAAUAAAAUUGAUUGAUUGAGUAGCACAGCCCCAUCCCUGUCUUGUCCCAAUCUAUGGAAGGGGUGUUCUUGGCCAUUCUUGCAAGGGGCCCCACAGGGUGGGGGGAUUAUGUGUUGUGAGGGGCCCCAGCAAGACUGACUAACAUUUCUGCAACGUGUGCAAAGGGGAAGUUAACUCAAAUUACAACCUAACAUGACUGUUAGUUCGAUAACCCAAGACAGUUUUCGGAUAUGCAUUUUGUUAAGUUAUGAUGUAGAAUCAGGUGGCUCAAACUUCUAUCUUCUGUUAAGGUACCUGGAGACGGUAGUGGGGGUUACCUGGCUAGUUUGUGGUGGAAGAGGAGAAGCAUGUUUUGAACAAAAACUGGAUGAUCGUUCUUGCCUGGGCUGCUAUUGGAGGAUCUACGUUAAACAUUUACAUUUUCCUCAUCAGUCCCGCCAGAGAGCCUGCCUAAAAAUAAAGACCGUAAGUAUUAAAAUAGCAUAAGAAAGUCACUCAUGUGAUGGAAAUACUAGCGUCUUGUUACUAGUAUUCCAGAGGCUAGAAAAAUUCCAUCCUGAAUCUAGUUUUAAUGAAAAUUCUCCUCUUGCCUAUGUUUGGUUUGAAAACACAGAGCAAGAGACUGACUGACAUGGGAAGUAAAAUGUCCCUCAGUAGAGGAGUCAAUGAUGAGGAAACGGAGUCAGCCGUAUCUGCUGUCCAUAGCAACCCUCCUGAACCCUUGCCUGCCCUGACUAACGAGAAAUCGGUAACUACUGAUACUGGCAAUGGAGACACUACUGUUCUAAUGUGUCCCUCUUCAGGGUGUUUUCAUGUCUAUAACUGUGUAUCUCAUACAAUAUACAGUGGGGAAAAAAGUAUUUAGUCAGCCACCAAUUGUGCAAGUUCUCCCACUUAAAAAUAUGGGAGAGGCCUGUAUUUUCCAUCAUAGGUACACGUCAACUAUGACAGACAAAAUGAGAAAAAAGUUUCCAGAAAAUCACAUUGUAGGAUUUUAAAUGAAUUUAUUUGCAAAUUAUGGUGGAAAAUAAGUAUUUGGUCAAUAACAAAAGUGUCUCAAUACUUUGUUAUAUACCCUUUGUUGGCAAUUACACAGGUCAAACGUUUUCUGUAAGUCUUCACAAGGUUUUCACACACUGUUGCUGGUAUUUUGGUCCAUUCCUUCAUGCAGAUCUCCUCUAGAGCAGUGAUGUUUUGGGGCUGUCGCUGGGCAACACAGACUUUCAACUCCCUCCAAAGAUUUUCUAUGGGGUUGAGAUCUGGAGACUGGCUAGGCCACUCCAGGACCUUGAAAUGCUUCUUACGAAGCCACUCCUUCGUUGCCCGGGCGGUGUGUUUGGGAUCAUUGUCAUGCUGAAAGACCCAGCCACAUUUCAUCUUCAAUGCCCUUGCUGAUGGAAGGAGGUUUUCACUCAAAAUCUCACGAUACAUGGCCCCAUUCAUUCUUUCCUUUACACGGAUCAGUCGUCCUGGUCCCUUUGCAGAAAAACAGCCCCAAAGCAUGAUGUUUCCACCCCCAUGCUUCACAGUAGGUAUGGUGUUCUUUGGAUGCAACUCAGCAUUCUUUGUCCUCCAAACACGACGAGUUGAGUUUUUACCAAAAAGUUAUAUUUUGGUUUCAUCUGACCAUAUGACAUUCUCCCAAUCCUCUUCUGGAUCAUCCAAAUGCACUCUAGCAAACUUCAGACGGGCCUGGACAUGUACUGGCUUAAGCAGGGGGACACGUCUGGCACUGCAGGAUUUGAGUCCCUGGCGGCGUAGUGUGUUACUGAUGGUAGGCUUUGUUACUUUGGUCCCAGCUCUCUGCAGGUCAUUCACUAGGUCCCCCCGUGUGGUUCUGGGAUUUUUGCUCACCGUUCUUGUGAUCAUUUUGACCCCACAGGGUGAGAUCUUGCGUGGAGCCCCAGAUCGAGGGAGAUUAUCAGUGGUCUUGUAUGUCUUCCAUUUCCUAAUAAUUGCUCCCACUGUUGAUUUCUUCAAACCAAGCUGCUUACCUAUUGCAGAUUCAGUUUUCCCAGCCUGGUGCAGGUCUACAAUUUUGUUUCUGGUGUCCUUUGACAGCUCUUUGGUCUUGGCCAUAGUGGAGUUUGGAGUGUGACUGUUUGAGGUUGUGAACAGGUGUCUUUUAUAUUGAUAACAAGUUCAAACAGGUGCCAUUAAUACAGGUAACGAGUAUAGGACAGAGGAGCCUCUUAAAGAAGAAGUUACAGGUCUGUGAGAGCCAGAAAUCUUGCUUGUUUGUAGGUGACCAAAUACUUAUUUUCCACCAUAAUUUGCAAAUAAAUUCAUUAAAAAUCCUACAAUGUGAUUUACUGGAUUUUUUUUCCUCAUUUUGUCUGUCAUAGUUGACGUGUACCUAUGAUGAAAAUUACAGGCCUCUCUCAUCUUUUUAAGUGGGAGAACUUGCACAAUUGGUGGCUGACUAAAUACUUUUUUCCCCCACUGUACCCAUAUGUUUGUCUGAUAUGUGCAGUGUUUGCCUGUUUCUACAUUUGAUUAGGAAAACUAAGACAUGCGCAAAAGGAAAGCAUUACCAUGUUAUACCCUUUAAAAAAAAAUUAUAUAUAUAUUUGUUUUUUUUACAGCCAUCUGAAGAGAAGAUCAGCAAAGAGGUAGACAACUGCCAUAACAUGCCCCCUAUGAAGGAGCCCUUACAAAGGCCCCAACAACAGAGAAAAAGUAGAAGCCAGCAGAACAAAGUGGUAGCUGAAUCCUCUGACACACUGUCACUACCAGGUACCCCUGUUUCGGCUGACCUUCCUAAUUCUGGAAAGGUAAACUCUGGUGACAUUAAUCACAGAAGAACGCGCACAAAGACCCAGGCAAACGUGGAGAAAAUGCAUGUUAAUUCACCUGUUACUGGUCAUGCUAAAACUCACUGUGGAAGUGCCAAUCCUGAAGGGAAUUUAUCACUUAUUGGGAGUGAGCAAACAAUGAACUGUGUCACAAAAGAGCUGGUGGAUGUAACAAGGCCAGCAGAGGUAGACGUUGUUAGGAAACGUGGUCGCCCUCGCAAGAAGGCAAAGAUGCUGCAUACUGUGCUACAAACAGAGCAGAGUUCUUCUCAUCUGAGCACUGCAGAAUCAAAGGAUUGGAGUGAAACAAUGACUGACAGAGCGAAUGCCAUUUAUUUUACUACAAACUGUGUAGAAAACAGGAAUGACAAGUCUCUCAGAGCUAGGGAAACAAAAGCAGUCCCUCUAAACCGUAAACCAAGCAAUACAGUGGUGUCUGUUCUUGACUCGUCGCCCCAAGACCAUCAACCAGCCGAAUCCAGCCCUGUGGCUAUCGCACCCUUGGAACCAAAAAGGAAAAGGGGGACGACCGAAGGGGUCGACCAAGAAACGACCAGGAAAAACCAUGAACACUAUUUCAGUGCAACAAUCCCAUGUAACAGAAGACAAAAUGGUCAUUAAAAAGGAACCUGAUGAGAUGCUAUCUGAAGGAAAAGAGAGGAAACAUUGGUCCUCAGCCUGAGGAAGCUCCUGUUGAGCCUAAACACAGAGUAGGACGACCACCAAAGAAAACAACGCUCGUGAGGCAGUUUGCAUUAGCACAGAGAAAAUCACAGAGAAAAUCAUGUUCCAUUGCAGCAUCUGUGAAUUCCCAGGAUAUUUCACCACAACAUCAGAAGAUUGAGACUGAACGUUCACUAGAUUAUAUAGCAAGGCAUGUGUCUGUGUCACUUAGUCGCGUUGAUUCUCAGAGAGGUGGGAGGUCAAGUGGGACUGCUGAUGUGAUCUCUAAUGUGAAGUGUGAGGAUAUUGAAAUAGAGCUGGGUGAUUUUAAUUCCGUGGCACAGUCAAAUUGUCUCAUGUCUUUUCAAUGCCACACUGACACCAGUGUGAAGGUUGAGCCCUGUAGUACUAGUUGUGACGGCACUGAGUUCAAAAAGCCACUCAAAGUUGACAAACGCAGAGAAACUGCUGGCACUGCUCCCAGAAAGCGAUGCCGGUUCGUUUUUGGAAAAAUGAAGUACAAGAAGGGAAAGAGGAAAAGGUGCAUAGAUAGAGGUAGACUCCAACGUGAGAUCUCACAGGGAGAUCCAGACACCAUGUCAAAGCAGGCCGAUGAAGGCAAUGGUGACGUUGGAGAGGGGAUGGACUGUGGCGAAUCAGCAUGGGAGUAUGAAGGGUAACACAAAUGACAGCUUUUCAAAUGGAAGUAAAUCAACAGAUGAAGGAUUUAAAGAUUUGCCUGAGAGUCACCUAAAUCCAAUCAUCACUGAUGUAAACAUAUUAGAAACUAUGUCGCAUGAGUCCUUUUCGAAAUCAGAUGUCGUACAAGGUGAGGAAUUCACAAGUAAGAAAAUCAAGAAGGAGAGAGAUGGUGUAGGCGAUGAAACUGAAUAUAACUCAACAAGCAGUUGUCUGAAGGCUAGGGGUCGACCAAAAGGGAGACCAAAAGGCACAGGGAAAACCUGUGAGUACUGCGGUCGCCAUUUUGAUUUUGUGUCUGUAUAUACCGUCCAUCUACGCACUCAUACAGGCGAAAGGCCCUAUAAGUGCAUUGAUUGUGACCAAGACUUUUGCCCAGCUAUCUAACUUAAAAAGUCAUAUCAAGAAACAUAACAAGCGCUGUGGGCCUCUGAAGUGUCCUUAUUGCAAAAUCAAGUUCAGUAAUUCAAAGGAAUUGCUUGCUCAUUGCAAGUGGCACUCGCAGAACCCGAACCAGGACUCUGAGUUUGGGAGGAAUACGAAGGAUAACAGAAAUGAUGCCACUCAUACACCCCCUGUUUCCCUGAAAGAACGGAGGAAAAGGGGGAAAGGGGGGAUACUCAAAUGCCACAUUUGUGGGAAAGUAUUUCCCUUUUGGUCUGGUCUACAGGUUCACAUACGUAUGCACACUGGGGAAAAACCAUAUAUCUGUAAAGUAUGUGGGAAAGCCUUUAGUAAUCGCUCAUCAAUUCGUAUUCAUGAGGUGACACACUGGUCCAUUAAGCCUUACAACUGCAAUAGGUGUGGGAAGAGUUUCACUCAGUUGUCAUCUGCAAAAAAACAUCCCUGCAAGGGUCUGCGGGAGAGUAAUGACAGAGAAUGCCGGAAGAAGCCUUUCAUAUCUUUUACAUGCCACAUCUGCGAAGAGAGAUUUGUUCAGCGGCGUCAGUACAAAACCCACCUGAAAACCCAUGCUGGUGCGAAGCUCUUUCGCUGUUUAUUCUGUGACCAGCUGUUUAGUGUGAUGUCAGAAUUUGAAGAGCACCACCAAUAUUGCACCAAAGUUAGGGGGGAGAAGAUGACAUCCAAAUCUGAAUUUAGGAUUUGGAAACCUAGAGCCCCUAAUCAGCAGAGAUCGCAGCAGCCAAGGGUCAAGAUUCAUUCACCAGUCAAGAGUCAUUCACCAGUCACCCAAUCAGUAUUUCCUGCAGCUGCUGAUAGUCAACCAUUUCAGAACCUUGGACAGAGUUCAGCUUCCUCUGCCUCGUUGCUGAACUGUGAACCUACCCCACAGCAAAAACCAAGUGGUCAUCAGUCUUCACAAACCCAUCCCAAAAAAGCCAUUGCUACAACUCUGCGCCCCUUCCAAACAUGCAUUAUACCCACAAAUAAUCUCACCCCCCUUGUAUCAAAGUUGAACAGCCUAGAUCGUAAAUCUGACCCAAGGAAGUACUUAUGCCCACGUUGUGGACGACUCUUCAGACACACAGGGAGACUCCGAGCCCACAUGCUAACUCAUGCCCACAGUCAGAGCUACACCUGUGACUGCUGUGGAAAGACCCUGGAAAGCUGGAAAAAGCUUUGGCUCCACCAGCGAGUCCACAGACAGAAACUAGGACGGUUCUCAUGUCCAAAGUGUCGUCAAGGUUUCCGCUUCGUUGGGCCCUACAAGCAGCACAUGCUGCGAGAACACCCUGAGUACCAGUGGAUCGAUGAGAGACCAAACAAAACUCUCCAAGGACUUGACCAGCAGCAGUGCCUGCCUUAUCAAUGUGAGGAGUGCAACACCAGCUUCAGGACACUAGAUUUGCUUUUCAAUCAUCAGCUUUGCCAUUCCUCACCAGGUGACCACAGUAUGUGGAUACAGGACGACUGCUAUGAUUACUCUCCAUCGACACAUGAACAUGAUGUACCUUACAACAUGAAUGGAUUUGAACCUCACAUGAACAGUGGCGUAACACACACCCAUCAGGAACUCCACCAUAGCUACUACCCUUCUCCACCUCUUCAAGCAAACCACCCACAAGGUUCACAUCUCCUUCAUUACUUUUCCAAUCAUUCAGACCUACCCCAUUCACUGUCACCCCUUAUACCCGUGCCUCCCCCAAUGCAACACCCAGGUUUCCAACCAGGCCUCCAGUCAUAUGACUCCACCCAGCCACUCACAAGCUCUCUAUCACCACUGUACUCACAGGUAGAGACCAUUCCAAACCCUGACAGAAAAGAAGGGAAUGUAAACAAGAAGCGGAGUAGAAUUUAUGGGAAUGCGACUAAACGUGCUGCUAGAUCCAAGGAGGACAAGGCGACAACGGGGGGGUUGGAUUGUGCGGAGUGCGGUGUUCAGUUUCCUGCUGUCUCACAACUGUAUGAGCAUUAUUUGCAGCAUGCCAGGGGAGAGGUGUAAGAAGCGAAAAUGGGGGACCUUGUUUUAUCACAAAGGCACGUUAUCCCCCCAUCUCUUGCUCAGAGGUUUACUUCUAUCCGUUUAGAAAUGACUCAUAGGUCAACCAACAAAAAUGGCAUUUUUAACACAUAAGGAGUUGUUUGGUUGUUGUAUUGAUGUUUGAGUGUAUAUUCUGUUGAAUGGAGAUUUUUACUCUGGGUGCUUGUUGGGCAUUAGGGAAGCUGAUUACUUUUGGUUGUUAUUUGAAUUACUUACACUGAUCAAUUUUAAGUUGACAGUAUUUUAUUUUUCAUUGGUCCCCUAACUUCACCUUUUUGUGGGAAAAUGGAAAUCUGAAAAGAUGGUAAGUGCUUUUAUACAUUGGAGUAGGUGUAGCAGCAAUUUUUCAAUGGUAGUUUGAGUGUAAAUUACAAUGCUUUAUCAUGGAACAUUGUCAUACCUCUUAAUGUCAUUAUUAACCACUUACUGUCAGACUGAUGCUCAACUGAUGAAAAAUAAUGUUGUAAUUUAGCCUACCAAUACAAGUGAUUAACAUCUAUUUUUAUUCUGUCCAUUUAUUUAAAAUAAAAUUCUAAACCUCAUGUUUUGCAAGUUACAGUCAUUUAUUCUGUGGUUAAGUGUUAAUUUGUAACUUUUGCAAGAUAUCUUUUCACUGCAAAUACUCUAGUCUUUUUAACUAAUAGGCCUACAUUCCCUCAUGUUUACAGAAAGUUAUUUUGUUUAGAAAAGCAAUUCUUGUUCUGUUGCUGAUGAACUGACAGCUGUUUACAUACUGUAUAUUUGACUUUCUAGCUUCACUCAGACAAAAAUAAAAGCCAC